AGAAGCUAGCCAUAAACACCGUGAGUAGUGAUUUUUCCCUUGUCAGUGGUGUAAAAUAUGUAGUUGGAUUGUUUCAUGUAACUUAGUUCUUCUCCCUCACUGUGUUAUGGCUUUGUAGCACUAAGAAUGUAAAAUGGGACAGAUAUCAAAGCACCCCCCUUUAAAUUUCAAACUGUUCAUAUUAUCAUUAGUUACUUGUAUGACUUUCAUUGUGUUCAAUUUGGUGAGACUCGGAGUCGCCAGCAGGGGGCACCCGGGAGUUGCGCGGCGCAUGAGUGGCUGACUAGUUAGCAGCAUAGAAGUAGUCCAGCACGAGAUGAAGCGCGAAUGUGCAGAGAAAUGUGCUCCUUGUUUGAACAUUGCAUUUUCUUGUGUUUCAUACAGAAAAAUAAAUGUGUUGCACCCGGAAGUGACAUUGCCUCUUUCCAAAAAGUGUAACAUAUUUUGGCGAGCCAGCCAGGAGGAGGCGAUAGAGUGACCAACACCAUUAACCCCCUCCUUCCCAACGAGUCGAUCCGGAAACAAGAUGGACGCCAGUCAGAUCCUGCGUGAUCAAGUGAGUGCAGCUCUGUGGCAGCUAAGGGAAGAGUCUCUCUGGGAGGUCUGCAGGUACAUGAAAUGUGAUGGCCUGGACAGUGAAGAGUCCCGCAGCAAGACACGGAGGGCGCUCAUCAAGAUGGCGGAGUGCGUAUUGGAUGAUCUAGAGGAGAGCGAAGAAGGUGAUCAAGUUAAACAGUACUGUGUUGAUUUAUUGACAUACAUUGAAAGACAAAGUAAAGAAGGUCGUCAACCAGAUGCAGUGAAGCCAUCAGAGAAGCCAGCUCCAAAGGAAGAAGAAAAAAAGCGUUUUGCACCACCCAGUCCCCCUGUAAAGAAGGCAGAGUCCUCGCUCAGGAGCCGACUAGAGCCAACUCACCCAUUGCCUGAGGUAACCAUGCGAAGAGAGUUUAAGAUCUGUGGUCAAAUUGGAGAGGGUGGUCAGAGGGAUAAAUUGUCGUACCCCAGUUUAGUUCGACAGAUUGAGAUGGGAAUAGAAAAAGGGCACACGCAGACUGAAGUAGUCGAAGCUGUGAUCAGGGCUGUCAGUCCAGGGCUGCCUUUGAGAGACAUGCUAGAGAUUAAACGUGGUCUGACCCUCAGUUCACUUCUCACCAUCCUGAAAGGCCACUAUCGUGUAGAUAGCUCCACUGAACUUUACCAUCAGCUACUAAACAUCUCUCAAGAGCCCAAAGAAACUGUCCUGAACUUUGUAUUCCGUGCAAUCGAGCUGAAAGAGAAGCUGUUAUGGAAAGCAGCAAAUGAGGACACAGAUGAACAGUACAGCCGAGCCGUCAUUCAACGCAAGUUCCUCCGCUCAAUUGAAACUGGACUGUUAAGUGAUUCUGUGAAAUUCCAAAUUCUGCCCUACCUCAGUGAUUUGAGUAUUUCAGAUGAAGAGCUUAUACAGAAAGUGGAUGAGGCGGCCAAAGUCGAAAGUGAGAGACAAGAAAAGCGCAAGAGAUCCACCGCUGGUAAGACGCCCAAAGUGCAGGAGCUUCAAGCAGAUACUCAGGUAAAAUCCAAACCUGCCCAGAGCCCCUCUAAACUUAAGGAGUCCAACCCAGCAGCAGAAAUCACAACAGUAAAAGGGAACGAGACUAAACCUGACAGCAUGAAUGUACAGCAGAUGAUGGAAGAACUUCGUAAAGAGAUGAAGCAAAUGUUUCUGGCUGUAAUGGAAGCGAACCCCCGUUCUCCUGAACAAAGGCCGAGAGAAAAAGGUUGCAAGAAAUGUAGGGAUGAGAGAACAGGUGAGAGCUGUUCACACUGUUUCAAAUGUGGGAAGGAAGGCCACUUCUCUCGCGGAUGCAGAGCGUUGUCGGGAAACGGGCAGGGGCUACUGAGAUGGGGCCAGCAGUAGUCCAAGUAACAGCGCCCCAAAAUGAGCAGCCACCACCCAGCUCAGUCAUUCAACCGACAACAGCCCUGGGAAAGAGAGCAUCGGGCGCCU